GUCUGCAUUUUGCCUGCAGCUGGAUGCAUGGAUGAGCCCUGUGCCUGCUGAGGAGUGCACACCUGCCCGUCUCUUAAUGGCUCCAGUGUUGGUGAUGGAGAAGCCCCAUCAGAAGGGACUCUGCAUGAUUCUGUGGGUUUCUGUUGCCACUGCUGUGAUUACAGUGUGUGGUAUUCCUGGGGUCUGCAGAGCAGCUGUGGUUGCCAUCAACACUGCAGGUACUUCGGAAGCAGAGAGUGAUUGCUGGAGUAGGAACAAAGGCAAAGAAGCAGAGAUGCCACUGGAACCUGUAGAAGAGCCUGAGUCCUUCAGAGGCCCCACUUUGCAGCUUGCACCAUGUGAUGUCCCUCCAGACAGCCGCUUUGACUGUGCCCCAGAAAGGCUGAUCUCGCAAGAAGAAUGCCAUGCUCGGGGCUGCUGCUAUGCCCCGGUCUUCCCCAAGGGCCCUGCUGUUUCGCAGCCAUGGUGCUUCUUCCCCCCCAGCUAUCCUAGUUACAAGAUGGUGAACUUGACAACCACCAGAACUGGCUAUACUGCCCACUUGAUCCGCGAUGUGCCCACUUUCAUCCCGGACAAUAUCAUGGAUGUGCAGCUGGAUGUGGCCUUUGAAACAGAGGGUAGGCUUCAUUUCACGCUUAAAGAUCCAGCUAAGAAACGUUAUGAGGUUCCUUUAGACACCCCCAAAAUGCAAAACUGGAUAUCCUCAACCCUCUACUCUGUAGAGUUCUCUUCCGAUCCCUUUGGGCUUGUUAUUCUUCGAAAAUCCAGUGGGCAGGUUCUGUUCAAUACCUCAGUGGCUCCCUUGUUCUAUGCAGACCAGUUCCUGCAGAUCUCCACCUCCCUGCCGUCACGUGUCAUCUCUGGACUGGGGGAGCACUUGACCCCGCUCAUCCUUGACGUCAAUUGGACCAAGAUUACCCUGUGGAAUCGGGACAUGGCACCUGCGCCCUCUGCCAAUUUGUAUGGCUCACAUCCCUUCUAUCUAGCAUUGGAAGAUGGUGGCUUGGCCCAUGGAGUCUUUUUGCUGAACAGCAAUGCAAUGGAUGUGAUACUUCAGCCCAGUCCAGCCCUAACAUGGAGGACAACUGGUGGUAUCCUGGACUUCUACAUCUUCCUGGGCCCAGACCCAAAGAGUGUGGUGCGCCAGUAUAUGGAUGUCCUUGGGUACCCAUUCAUGCCGCCAUAUUGGGCCCUAGGCUUCCACCUCUGCCGCUGGGGAUACACUUCCACCUCUGUCACCCGGGAAGUGGUGAAGAACAUGACAGCUGCACAGUUCCCCCUGGAUGCGCAGUGGAAUGACCUGGAUUAUGCAGAUGCCGGGAGAGAUUUUACCUUCAACCGGGAUGGUUUCUGGGAUAUGCCAGAGAUGGUGAACGGUUUCCAUCGUGAUGGUCGGAGGUAUGUCAUGAUUGUGGAUUCCGGGAUCAGCAGUUCCAGUCCCUCUGGCAGUUAUAAACCGUACGAUGAAGGCCUGAAGCGAGGAGUCUUCAUCUUAAAUGCAACAGGGCAGCCUCUGAUUGGGAAGGUUUGGCCUGGCCCCACUGCCUUUCCUGACUUCACCAACCCAGAAACCUGGCAAUGGUGGCACGACAUGAUCAAGGAUUUCCAUGAUCAAGUGCCCUUUGAUGGCAUGUGGAUUGACAUGAAUGAGCCAUCAAAUUUUGUGGAGGGCUCGCUGGAAAACUGUCCCAACAACAAGCUUGAGAAUCCUCCAUAUGUACCAGGUGUGCGGGGCGCAUCUUUGAAGUCACGAACUCUCUGUGCCUCCAGUAAGCAACAGCUGUCCUCCCACUACAACCUGCACAACCUGUAUGGAUUGACUGAAGCCAUGGCAUCACAUGAUGCUUUGGUGAAAGUACGAGGGAAGCGCCCAUUUGUGAUCUCGCGUUCCAGCUUCGCCAGCCACGGGCACUAUGCUGGUCACUGGACUGGGGAUGUCCAGAGCACCUGGGAGCAUUUAUACUACACUAUACCAGCGGUGCUGCUGUUUAACCUGUAUGGCGUGCCGCUGGUUGGUGCUGACGUCUGCGGCUUUGGGGGCAGCACAUCGGAGGAACUGUGCAUACGCUGGACCCAACUGGGCGCCUUCUAUCCCUUCAUGCGAAACCAUAAUGACCGUGGGAAUAAGCCCCAGGAGCCAUACACCUUCAGCCAAGAGGCCCAGCAGGCCAUGAGAAAAGCUCUGCUCCUGCGCUAUUUGCUGCUGCCCUACCUCUACACCCUCUUCCACAAGGCCCACUCUGCAGGAGAGACUGUUGCCCGGCCCCUGUAUCUGGAGUUCCCAGAUGACCCCAAUACAUGGGACAUUGACCGGCAGCUCAUGUGGGGAUCCGGGCUUCUCAUCACCCCUGUGUUAGAGGCAGGGAAGGCCCAUGUCAGUGGCUACUUCCCUCCUGGCACGUGGUACAGCCUGAUAUCCGGCUCCAGCAUACACAGUAAGGGACAGUGGACUCGCCUCUCGGCUCCCCUUGACACCAUCAAUGUCCACGUUCGCGCAGGUCACAUCCUCCCCCUACAGGAACCUGCCUUCACAACCACAGCAUCCCGCAAAAAUGGCAUGACCCUUGUGGUAGCUCUGACAUUGGAUGGGGUGGCCAGAGGCGACCUGUUCUGGGAUGACGGUGACAGUCUGCUGACUUUCGAGAAGGGCGAUUACACACAGAUCUUCUUUCUGGCAACGAACGGUGUGCUGGUGAAUGAGAUCGUGCGACUCAACAGUCAGGUGGAUGGGCUGCUGCUGAAAGAGGUGGUGGCUUUCGGUGUCCCCAGCCCUCCUCAUCUCGUCCUGGCCAAUGGUGUCCCCAUCUCAGAUUUCUCCUACCGCAUUGACACAAAGAUCCUUAAGAUUCCACUCUCUCUACUGAUGGGGGAGCCAUUUGUCAUCAUCUGGUCCUGAGCAAAGAAGGAAAUUCAUCAGUUUCACUGCGCUACAAGGAGGAAUGAAAAACUGUUAAUAGAUGUACUUUAUCCUGUCUGUGCACAGCACUUGAAUUUUUUGGUGAUUCAUCAGAAAAUGUCCUUUUACAAUCAGAACUGCUUCCUGUUUCUGCUGACAUAGUAGAUGGAUAGCCAAUGUCUUCAGGAACUUCCUGUGUUUGGGUGGCUGCUGGAUACCGUAACAAAAUUCGAUGAGGGUUAGUAUGAUUGUGAUGGCCUUUGUAUAUUUUUUCUGAAAGAGUUUUCAUGAAAAGGAAGAUUGGCUGUGGCUUGGUUGUGAUUCAGCCUUCCAGAUGUAGAAGUGACCCUUAGAUUCAGUUGCUCCCAUUGGCUAUAACUAGCCAGAACAAAGCUCCCAAAAGACCAAGGGAAACGGAAGGGGAAAAUCCUGAAUUAGGAGCAGGAGCUCCGCAAGGCCAUCCUGUAGUAUGUUCCAAGACCUAUUUUCCUUUUUCACAUCAUUACUGCAGCAUACAAGGGUCCAGCCAAAACUGUGCAGGUGGUUCAUCUAGUGAAGCUAGGCUUCUGCUUGAAUCAAACUUGGGAUUUGUAUUUUCAGAGACAAAUAUAAUUGCCAACAAUUGAACUUAUUCACAGGGUUGUACUGACCAGGAAAACUGUUGAAGCAUUUUACCCACUUAGUGAGCAGCUCUUAUGAAUGAUGCCUCCACAAGCCUUUCUACCUGUUAGGAUAGAUCCAAGGUAAAAAAUGUAUCAGAAAUGGGAACUCAGGGAAGGCAGGGAGUUUCUUUGCCUAGCUCACAGUGCACUUUUGGUAUCAGUUAAAACAAGAUGUGCAUAUUGUGUUUGCAAUAAAUACUUUUCUUAC